AUGAAGCUCCUCAAUCUCGUGGCGGGGCUGACGGGUACCGCCUCGGCCGCCGCCGUUCUGGAUCCGACGCCGGCCAAGAUCCCCUCGCGCUACGAGUCAGCCGUCCAGGGUCGCCGCAUCCUUGCCCUGAGCAAGCUGGCCGACCUGGCGACCGUGUUUCCCGACCCCGGUGACAGCGACGCCGACACGGCCGAGAACAGACCCGAGGGCCUGGGUGGCGUCCCCGUCAGCCUGAUGGACUACGUCGCCGACUGCGAGGACCAGGGCAACCCCACCCUGCUAGCCAUCAAGAUCGCCACGAGCUUCAAGAAUGUCGAGGCCGGGUCCAACAUGACCAUCUCGGUGCGCUGGAUUCCUCCCUACCCGCCCGCCAAGCGCAUCGGUCUCCUGUCCCGCAUCUCCUCCCUCCUGUCUUUCUCGGGUGAGCAGCGAGAGGGGUCGGAGGAGCUGGCCCUGGGCCCGGACCCCAUCCCUUACUCGGCCGCCAACCUCCCUCGAUUCUCCCUCUUUGGAUACCUCGAGCCCAUCGAACCCGAUGCCGUCACGUCCCUCAAGCUGGCCAAGUGCUUCACCGACAAGCACCACGAGGCCAAGUGGUGGCUCCCCGGCAACGCCAUCCACGAGAGCUCGUGGGCCAGGCUCGUCGUCACCAACGUCUACUGGGUUGGUGGGUUCGGCAACCGCGCCUACAUCGGCUGGAUCCCCGCCGAAGAGUGGUCCAGCGUCACGGAGCAGGAAUGGCAACAGAUCAGGCUGCCUGGAGAGCGCAAGGGAUGGAGUGAGUGGGCUGUCGAGUCGACCGUCGUCGAGCUGUGA